AGUAGGCUACACAGUUAGGGGGUCUGACGGGAUAGAGGAGAUGACUUGUCUUUAGCUAUCGAAGUUCAUAAAUAAUGCACUGUUUCCCAUAGGCUACAUGUGAAUGAUGUAAUGGUUGAAGUCUGCUGCUGAUUUGGCGUACAUCUCUGACUUGCCGCGCUGCGCCAUGUGCUCCGUCACCACCGUUGCCAAACCAUGAGAGGAUAAUCGUGUUUUGGGGGAUAAAGAAAAGAUGGCGGUCCAGACCAACUUGGUCCCUCCCAAAAAGGUCCAGCCUGGCAUGGCUAAGUCGAGUCUAGUCCAGGCCAGUGUGGCCACCAUGCAGAACCCCAUGGGCUGUGACCCUAAGACCAAUGGUCACUGUCCACUGCCACGCCUGUCCAUCUCCUCCCGCUCUGCCAGCGUGGUGGCCAGCAUGGACGCCAGCUAUGACGGCACGGUCGCAGCGCUCCACUCAGUGAUGAAGUGGAAGACGGUGGUGGCGGUGUUCAUCGUGGUCGUUCUCUACCUGGUGUGUGGAGGUCUGGCAUUCAGGGCACUGGAGCAGCCGUUUGAGAGCAACCAGAAGACCAGUAUCACGCUGGAGAAAGCUUUGUUCCUGGAGAAACACCCCUGUGUGACUCCAGAAGAGCUGGACAAGCUCAUCGAGCAUUCCAUAGAUGCUGUAAAUGCAGGAGUGAGUCCUAUUGGAAACGUAUCCUACAAUUCCAGUUACUGGGACCUGGGCAGUGCCUUCUUCUUUGCUGGAACUGUCAUCACAACCAUAGGUUAUGGAAACAUAGCUCCAAGCACGGAGGGCGGGAAAAUCUUUUGCAUCCUUUAUGCCAUAUUUGGCAUACCUCUCUUUGGCUUCUUGUUGGCGGGGAUUGGAGACCAGCUGGGGACCAUCUUUGUGAAAAGCAUCUUGAGAGUUGAGAAGAUAUUCAGGCAAAAACACAAACAGAUCAGCCAGACUAAGAUCAGAGUGACGUCCACCAUCAUGUUCAUCCUGGCUGGCUGCAUUGUUUUCGUCACCAUCCCUGCUGUCAUCUUUAAACACAUCGAGAGCUGGACCACACUAGAAGCCAUCUACUUUGUUGUGAUCACACUUACUACAGUGGGAAUAGGAGACUAUGUGGCAGGUGGUAACCGUAGUAUGGACUAUAUGAAGUGGUACAAGCCUCUGGUGUGGUUCUGGAUCUUGGUUGGUUUGGCGUACUUUGCGGCUGUCCUUAGCAUGAUCGGAGACUGGCUCAGAGUACUGUCUAAAAAGACCAAAGAGGAGGUUGGGGAGAUUAAAGCUCAUGCAGCUGAAUGGAAGGCAAAUGUUCGAGCAGAGUUCCGUGAAACGCGGCGCCGCCUGAGUGUUGAGAUCCAUGACAAGCUCCAGCGGGCUGCCACCAUCCGCAGCAUGGAGCGCCGACAACUUGGCCUGGAGCAGCGAGCUCACUCCCUGGACAUGCUGUCUCCAGAAAAGCGAGCCUUGUUCGCCAGCCUGGAUGCCGGUCGCUUCAAGACUUCCUCUCAGGAGAGCAUCGACACCAAGCUCAACAACCUGAGGCUGAAGGGGGCCUGUGGGCCGUACGACCAUCAGGGGAGUGAGCAAACGCAACAGACGGCGUCUUCCUCGGAGGAGAAUCUCUUCAACCUGCGCUUUGGAUCCCUAACCAAGCUGGCCAGACGUAACAAGAACCGCGAGCUGCGGAGGAACAUUGAUGAAGUAGAGCGACGGGCGAGUGUAGGCAUAAGCAAUGGCAGUGCCAUGCUAGGGGAGGAGAGGACGGAAGUAGAAGAAGAUGGGGAGCCAGAUGAGGAAAACGAAGAAAGAAAAGAAGGAAACACCAGUCUGACAAACCUGGCACAGUGCUCAUUUGAUCGCAGCAGGUUGAAUGGGUUCACACCAGGGGAUGCCAAAGACAGAGGGAACGACUAGGCAUUGAAUGGAAGAGUGCUUCAAAGACAGAGAGAGAAACAGAGUGAACGAUAAAGAGACAGAGAACAAGAGUGCAUGAUCCUUUGAGAUGUCAAUAAAUGUGCCUUUCUGUUUCCUAUGCUUAUAUUUGAACUGCUCCCAGGAAAUUUAGUCAUCGUGCCAUAGCCAUGGGAGGAAAAUAUGUUGCCAAAAAAUUGAAGAGACAGAAGAGGCUGUACUUAAAAUACCUCAUAUCGGAUGGUACUGUAGAAUGGGCUUCUUAAGAACUUUUAUUUCUAUAGGAGCUAUGUUUCCAGCUUUGUUGUCUUUCAGCCUUGACGACUCUUAAGAGACACUUGGGCAACAGCGGUCUGUUAAUGUUGAAUCUUAUUUUUUAAUAAUGUGGGCAGGACAUCCAGAGAGCUAGGUUCAUGGUAUCCAUCUUCAGAUACAUUAUCGAUCUCAACUUUGUCAUCAUAUUAUGGAGGCUAUUUUUAGCUCAGCUACUAAAGGACUACAACAUUAAAUGAAUGGAGGUUGUAUUUCCACUGGAUCAAUAGAAAAUAUUAGCUGCCUAGCUGACAUGUACAAUUAUUCCUACAUGGUAUGUGACUUUGAAAAUGCAACCAACAGUAAAACUACUACAUACUAAAAGCUCAUAUCUAUUCACCUUGAUUGUGCAUGGAUAUUAAAACACAAUCAUAGCAGUUUGACUAACUUUAAAGCUUGAAAUGACAGCUGUAAUAAUGUUUCUUUUUGUUUUAGUUAGAUGAAAUAUACUGCUUUCUUUCAUAUUUUGUAAAAAAAACCAUGUUAUUUCAGUAAUGAUUGCCACCAUUGUGGAUCAACACUGAGCUGGAAUUCAACUGACAAGACACAUUUAAUCACCUUUGGCCAUGGGAUUGUCAGCCAUGUUGAAAACUUUUUUGUAUAUGACAUUCACUUUUAUCACAAAUGUCUUCAGACUUCAGUCUUCUUUCUUAAAUUACUUUUUAAUGAAUGAAUGAGAUGCUGUUGAUUUUGUAUUCAUCAAGCAUGUUGGAAUCUGUGUUGACUCCUUUUUAUAUCAGUCAAGCACUUGAGUUGAAUUUUCCAUUGAACUGUAAAAUAUAUCAUGUUUCUUUUUUUUUGUAUUUCUUUUCUGAAAUGGUCAAACAUUGUGGCUUCAAUCAUCUUCACACUGAAAUGUUUUCCUGUAGUUCCUAGAGGUUUACUCACUAACAUGUUUGACACAUGUGCUCUAACUUUAUUCACAUUUUACAAACAGGUACUGACACUACUACCCAGCGCCUUCUUUACAUUUUACAGAAUUAUUAAAUGUAUCACUAGCGUGCAUUGCAUGCAUUUCUAAAGGCGAAAUACACACACUGGUUGUACUUGUAACCUGUUUAUCUGAUAUCAUUAACAUUUUCAUGACCACGACCUGUGACAAGUUUGUUGUAUACCGUUUAUUUUAUGAACAGAUCACAUUAAAUGUAGUGAGUGCCUUUUUCCAGAUA